CUAUGGACUCUUUUCCCUAUCCCACAAUGCAGUGCCCAGGGCCUCAGUAAGCUUUCAGCGGGUCCAAGCACUGUGGUCUCUGGUCAUCUCCUGUACUAUGUGCGCAGUCUCUGGUCAUCUCCUGUCAUCUGUACUAUGUGCGCAGUCUCUGGUCAUCUCCUGUACUAUGUGCGCAGUCUCUGGUCAUCUCCUGUACUAUGUGCGCAGUCUCUGGUCAUCUCCUGUACUGUGUCGGCAGUCUCUGGUCAUCUCCUGUACUGUGUCCGCAGUCUCUGGUCAUCUCCUGUACUGUGUCCGCAGUCUCUGGUCAUCUCCUGUACUGUGUCCGCAGUCUCUGGUCAUCUCCUGUACUAUGUGCGCAGUCUCUGGUCAUCUCCUGUACUAUGUGCGCGGUCUCUGGUCAUCUCCUGUACUAUGUCCGCGUCUCUGGUCAUCUCCUGUACUAUGUCCGCAGUCUCUGGUCAUCUCCUGUACUAUGUCCGCAGUCUCUGGUCAUCUCCUGUACUAUGUCCGCAGUCUCUGGUCAUCUCC